AUGGCUGCCACCAUUUCUGGCGUCGAAUUAUGUGACUUCAUCCCAGGACCUGUUACUACUAGUAGCGGCAAUAGUACUCCGAGUAGUACUACUAGUCGUAGUAGAAGAGCUCAGAAGGUACUUGUCAAUUUCUGCCCUAUGCCUAAGAUGCAUUAUUUCUACAACGCUCUUACACUUCCAGAGAUAUCGCAGAACUACUACGACGAUAUUUACCUCCGACCGAACGCUUGUCUGUCGAACUCUCAUACGGACUCCUCCCUGACUCAUCAUCAACAUCAUCAGCAUCGUCAUCGGGACGUGAGCAGCAGUAGUAAUGAUAAUGAGUGUUGUACUAGUACUACUACGGGUAGCAGUACUACGGGUGGGAGGAGGCUAACUACAGUCAAAGGACUUGAAGGAGUUACUCCAUCCCCAUCUGCUACUCUACCCGACACGAACACCGUACAGGAGGUGGCUCCUUCCUCUACUUCUUCAACACCGGACGCUAUA